AUCUCCUCCAGCAGACUCAUCGAGGACAUUGUUGUCCGUCGCAUUUUCAUGCCGGUCACGUCUCCUUUGUCUGUAUUCCCGUAAUGUUAUCGAGACGAGUGGCAACGAGUCUGGCUCGCGGGGGGCGUUGCUUUUCCUCCUCUGCGUCGUAUCGCGCAGAUUUCACGCACGCUGUAAUCGGCGCAGGAGCCGUGGGUCUGGCGAUUGCGAGAAGGCUGCAGCAGAUUGAUGGCGCACAGGUGGUGCUCAUCGAGAAGCAUGGGAUCGUUGGCAGUGAGACCAGUAGUCGGAAUUCUGAGGUCAUCCACGCUGGCUUGUAUUACGGUCCCGAUUCUCUGAAAACGAAGCUAUGUAUACAGGGCAAGGAAAUGGUGUAUGAUCUUUGUAGGAAGAAUGACAUUGCCCACAUGAACUGUGGCAAAUGGAUCGUCGCCCAGACUGAUGAGCAAAUGGGCGAAUGCCAGAAGGUCUACGAUUUUGCCAAGUCAAUAGGAGUGCCCAUUCGAUAUGUUCCACGAGAUGAAGCCAAGAAUCGUGAACCUGAAGUUCGAGCGGAAGCUGGUGUCCUCGAAAGUCCUACCACAGGCAUCGUGGACUCCCAUGGCUUCAUGCAAUAUCUCCAAGGUGAUUUCGAGAACGAAGGCGGGACCCUCGCUCUCCACAGCCCUGUCACACGAGUACAGGCUCCCUCAGCCGACCAUCCGGAGUGGAAGAUCUGGACCGGAGCAGGCACAACACCACCUUCACCCUCUUCUCCCACACCACAAGUUCCCGAACAGAAUGCAGAAGACAGCGACACAAGCAUCACGGCCGAAACUGUCAUCAAUUCAGCAGGGCUCUAUGCCUGUGCCAUCAACAACAUGAUUCUUCCCCCCUCACGCCAUCGAAAGCCUUUUUACGCCAAGGGUUCAUACUUCACAUACAGCAAAUCCUACCCCAAACCCUCCACCUUAGUCUACCCCGCACCAACACCAGGGCUCGGAGGACUGGGAACACAUCUCACAUUGGACAUGGCGGGCCAGAUCCGUUUUGGCCCCGAUGUUGAAUGGGUCGAGUCACCUACGGAUCUUGCACCUUCACAAAGCACCGAGCGCUACCAGGCCGCCAUUGAAGAGAUUCAGUCCUUCAUGCCCAAUGUGGAUGUCGAUGCCAUCUCGCUCGGAUAUGCUGGUAUUAGACCCAAACUGGGCAAACUUGGAGCUGUGGCUUCGCCGGACGGGAAAGGUUUCCAGGACUUUUACAUUGUGAAGGAAGAAGGCGUGGAUGGGUUUGUGAAUUUGCUGGGGAUUGAGAGUCCGGGAUUGACGAGCUCAUUGGCGAUCGCUGAGGAGGUGUAUCGAUUACUUUAUAGGUAGUCAGGUAGUAAUAACAGUGGUGGUGGUGGUGGCGUGGUCGUUGAGCAUGGACAUUGGUAAAGACAAUCGACAGUAAAGAAUUA